AUGGCAGACAUUAAAAUGGAUAACAUCCUGGUGAACUACGCGCCAGGGUCCCAGAGCACGAGUACACAACGCUUUACCGACGUCCAGCUCGCAGAUCUGGAGAGUACCGUCCACGUCACCUCUGGGUUCUGCAAGGAUCGCGAUGAAAUCGGUACGCCCAUCUGGCGGAGCCCCGAGGCGCAGUUGGGUCUUCAAUGGGGCCCGCCUACCGAUAUCUGGUCGUUUGGCACAAUGGUAAUUAUUCCUUCUGCUAGCUUGCCAAAAACUUUAUUUUCGGUGAAUCCUAAUAACCAUGGUUUUGUGAAGGUAAUUUCCAUGAUCUGGGGUGACAACUUUUGUAUAUUCAAACCAAAUGUCCCCCGUGGCCACGAUGAAUACGAAAUCAAGAUCCUUGCCAACUACCAUAUCUAUUUUGGUCCAUUUCCACCGUCAUAUGGUGAACGUGCUGACGAGGAGACCUUGGCGAUCCUAUCACUGAUUAUGAAAGAUGUGCCGCCUGAGAAAUUGAGACCUUUCUCGCUGGCGAGUCAGAAGGAGAUUUCACAAAAAGACAAAGGAGUUUCUCUUGAAAAUCAUGAAACUGGAUCCAAGAGAUAG